CAGUUUGGCCAGAUAGAAAUAAUUCUUAUACACUUAAAUAAAUAAUUUAAAAAACACUUUCGAAAUGGUGGAGGAAGUGCCUGCCAAGGGCAGUAUCUUGGGCAAACUCGUGCCCGCACGCUAUGUGCUCGCUAUACUUGGAUCCAUUGGCAUGGCCAUUGUCUAUGGCCUGAAGGUGAAUCUUAGUGUCGCCAUGGUUGCCAUGGUGAACCACACGGCUAUCCACAUGCAUCAGGAGAAAGGCAGCGGUAACCACAACCUCUUGAAUGCCACCAAAAUUGUGGAUAUUGAGACAUGCUCGCCACCCGGUGAUGCCUCCAAUGUAGCGCCCAAAGUUGAGGAUGGACCCUUUGCCUGGAGUGAACCGCUGCAGGGCACCCUGCUCAGCUGCUAUUUCUGGGGAUAUCUUGUCUCGCAGAUACCAUUGGCGCAUGUGGCUGAGAACUUUUCGGCAAAGUGGGUCAUGUUAUUUUCGGUGUUCAUCAAUGUGGUCUGCACCCUGUUAACACCUAUCUUGACCGAGGCCCAUUACGGCGGAUUGAUUCUGAUGCGUGUACUGGAAGGCGUGGGCGGAGGAGCCUCAUUCCCGGCGAUGCAUGUGAUGAUUGCUUCGUGGGCACCACCCAGCGAACGUAUGGUCAUGUCCACCAUCAUCUAUGUGGGCACAUCAGCUGGUACGGCACUCUCCAUCUUGUUGGCCGGCGUCUUGUCCUCUUCCUGGGGCUGGGAGUCGGUGUUCUAUGUGAUGGGCGCAUUAAGUUGCAUCUGGAUGGUGUUGUGGACAAUAUUAGUGCAGGACAAUCCGAAUAAGCAGCGAUUCAUUAGUGCCGAGGAGCGUCAAAUGAUAACCAGCUCAUUGGGAACCGAAUCAAAGGUCGAACAUCAUCCGAAGGUGCCAUGGGGCAAGGUGUUCAAAUCGGUGCCAUUCUGGGCCAUCCUCAUUGCGCACACAUGCAACAACUUUGGCUGGUAUAUGUUCCUCAUCGAGAUUCCGUUCUACAUGAAGCAGGUCCUCAAGUUCAAUGUGGCCAGCAAUGCGGCACUCAGCGCUCUACCCUAUUUCCCCAUGAUCAUAUUCAGCAUUAUCCUCGGCAAGAUUUUGGACACUCUACAGUCAAAGGGCAAGGUAACCACGACCUGCGCCAGAAAGACUGCAACUUCUAUCUGUACCAUUAUACCGGGCAUAUGUCUGCUGAUCCUCUGCUAUAUUGGCUGCCGUCACUAUGAGGCCGUUUUCGUCAUGUCCGUUGGUAUUGUUGCUAUGGGCGCCAUGUUCUCUGGCUUCUUGUCCAAUCACAUUGAUAUUGCACCCAAUUUUGCUGGCACUUUGGUGGCGUUAACCAACACAGCUGCCACCUUGCCUGGUAUUAUUGUGCCCCUGUUCGUUGGCUUCGUUACCCAUGGAAAUCAAAAUAUUGGAGCCUGGCGUAUAAUCUUUUGGGUUACGAUCAUUUUGUUUGCGAUUGAGUUCUUGGUCUUCGUCAUAUUCGGAUCGGGUGCUGAACAGUCAUGGAAUCGAUCGGAAGCCGAAAGCGAAGCAGAUGCUAAGGAUGAGAAGACACCGCUGAAAGAUGUUAAGGCACCACAGAAGGCAUAAAUUGUAAUCUCGUUACCAAGGAUUGAAUCAUAUAACAGAAUUUAAUUUGAAUGACUUUUGAAUAGUUCAAGCACCGAACUGUCUGGAAACUGGACUGUAAAUACUACAAAUACAAAUUAUAGUUUUUAGUUAUCCUAUAAUAAUAAGUAUACUAUUAUUUGUGCGCGUCUGUAGACACUUCUUCAAUGCAUACCCGCCUGCAAAUGUACUUAAACCCGACAAGAAUUCAAAAGCUAAUCUUUGUAAACACCUUAAUAAAAUGAAAUAGUAGAAUCUA